GGUUCCAUCAUAAGUAGCCCCCGGUCCCACGCACAGCGCCCCCUGCCGGCUGUAGGUCCAUGUUACAGCCCCAUGAUGAUGCCGUCGUCUCCAACAGCCUACCGGCCACACCGCCCUACUCAGAGCCCCGGUACAGGGGUGGGGGGUGGGCCGGGGCUCUGUCACAACCAGGGAGGCGUCCAUACCUCGCCUCUCGCGAGCGGGGUCGGGGUUGGGGGCGGCGGAGGGAUGCCCAGCGGGGGCGGUCAAGUCGGAGGAGGCCGGAUGGUGAGCUUCCUCGGCAGCCGCCGAGGCAAGGCUCCUGGUCCCCUGACGAUGACCUCACCUCCUCCUCAGGGUCCUCCGAGUCCCCUGCUGAUAUCCUCCCCUCCCCACUACCCCGCCCCCGCGCCUCCCAUCCUCCUCCCAUCCUCCCCUUCCCCAUGCCCCUCCCCAUCGCCCAACCUCGGUCAGUCGGACUCAGUCGGAGUUGGAGGGGCCGUAGGUUCAGGAGGGGGGCCGUCCAAACUCCAGGCGUUGCACGCCCAGUACUGCCACAGCAACAGUGGAGGGGGUGGAGUGCCUGGCCACCAGUCCCAGCAGACCCCGCCCCCGCCCUACAACCACCAUCACCGCUACCACAUGCAGAGCAUGCCGCAACACCACGCCCUCACGCACAGGUUCUCAGCCCCCCGCCGCCAAGGCCCCCCCGGUUGCGCUCCCGCUCCCAUCCAGCCCCAUCAGAGGCUGCCGCACGGCACCGCCCACCACCCGCGCUACAAUAUGGCGUCGGGCUUCACCACGCCCCCGCCGCUGUCCCCUCACUCCCCCGUCACCCCUACCACCCCACACGGACUCUACCACUCACACCCUGCGGCCGGGCGAGCGGGAGGGGGCGCCAAGCUCCCCCUGACAAUCUCACACUCCCAGCCCCACCCCCACGCUCAUACUCACACUCACAACCACGCCUUGCACACACACUCCCCCCUAAGCCCCUCCCCAUCCGCCUCCACCCACUUCAUCUUCUCAACCCCCCCACCUCAGACCCCCUCCGCGCGCCUCGUCACCCAGACGCCCCCACAAGCCUAUACACCCCAAUAUCCGCCACUAUCGUCUAUCCCCCCUCCCCCGCCUCACUCCCCGUUACCCCCUCCGUCAGCCACCCCGCUCUCCCCACACCCCCCAGGGGCAGGGCAAGGGGGGGCUCCCAAAUCGAAGCCCGUCAGCCGGAUCAGUACGGUCGUGUGAGGAGGCAGAAGUCCAGGACGGUGGCGCGGCACCCCACUCUUUUCCACCAGGGAGCGGCUGUAAGGGCGAGGAGGAGGCGAAGAGGAGGAGGAGGGCAGAUGCAGGUGUAUCAAGGCGGUCGCCUGGUGAGGAGGAGAGCCCUGAGAGCCGGGAAGAGGAAACUGCUCAGCCUGUGUUACUUUCACAUCAACUUCCCCGGCAGUUUUGCUCUGAAGUCAGCAGGAACUCCAGAGGAAGCGUUUGGAGUUCGUCGUGAUCAGAGGAAACGUUGUCCUGCUGAGGAGGACCAACGGUUUAGGGACCAGUCAGAAGGUAACAGUGCCUGAGAACAUUAAAGGGUUAGCCGUGUACAGAGCUGGUUAAUGGAACAGAUUUUAUUUUGAAAGUCCCAUCCCAAAUUGAAGUGACAGUCGUCUCACACUACCUUGUCUUUGACGGAUAUUUAACCUGCCGAGAGGCCAAGCAGGAGUGGUUAGCAUCGAUAUGGUGGCGUUUUUGUGUCUUAGACAGACAUGCAUGACCUUUGCAAUAGCUAAUGAUUAUCAGUGGUUGAAAUCCUAUAUGCACGGAGAGGGAUGUGUGGUAAUGUAAAGCCCCAAUCCGCUGCUCCUUUGAGAAGCGGGUUUCUCCAUAGACAAUAAACGUCGAAAACCUUUAAAAAAAGCCAUUCAAACAAGAACUACAGGUGUCUUUUUACCUUUGUGUGUUUGCAAAAACGACAAAAAAGCCUUUAGUGUUUGUGGAUUACAGGGUUCUGGGGGGAGCUGAUCUGUUGGUUUGGACUGGGAGGUGGUGUAAAUUUGGGGUUUAUCUGUUCUAAACCUGUGAAUGCUCUCUCUCGUUUUCAAGUAUUCAUGAAAGUGUAAGCCUGAAUCUGUCAGAAAUAGUAUCUGUCACCUGUACUUUAAGCUUUACACUGUAUCCAACUCUCUACGUUGCCAGAGAAGGAGAUUAAGCUGAAAGGUGCCAAAUAGGGGAGCAGUAGCACUAAAAGUGGUUUUAAUUUGGGUUGCCUUGAUCUUUGUUUUUCAGCAGCUACAUUUAAAGAACCUGAGUGGGAAAUUAUGACUAGUAAAAAAGCCUUCCAGACCAUAUCAAUGCAUAAAAAAGACACAUAGUUUUUUUUUCCAUGUUUUAGAAUUUUUCUUUUUCAAAACAGAGAAUAAUAGCCAUUAUCAGGCUUUUUUUUUCUUUUUUCAGACAAUUAGAGGCACAUUUCACAGCAUCCUGCAGUAGUUGGAUGUUGCAAUGAAAAUUGACAGAACAUUAAAGGGUCACCAAACCCUAAAUCAACUUUUUUUAUCUGUUGAUCUCUAUAAAUUGGGCUUUUAAAAUGUUGUCUGUUGGUUAUUGACAAUUUUUUUGACAAAUUAAAAUAAAAUUGUUUAAUUCUUGAAAAUAUAGUCAAAAACCCUUUGUGUGCUGCCCCCUACAGGUUGAUUUGAGGGAUUACAAUCUGCAGCUGAUAAGUCCAGCCCCCAAGCCCCACCCCUCUGACUGGAUUUUCACAUUUCAGCUGUGGGUGGAGUCAGUUGUGGGUGGAGUCAGCCUCCUUUAAAGGUUACCCUUCUUAACUAAGAAGCUGUGAUAGAUUUCUGAUGCAUCACAGGUGAAAAAGCUCCACUAAGGUGAUAUUUGAGAAGGCAUGUCACAGUGUUGUGUGAUUUGGAUGCUUCUAGUCUCAAGAUUUUAAAGAAUCCAAACUACUUUAAACGAAUCUAUAAAUUCUACCAAGCAGUUUUGUUCUCCUUUUCCCUUCAAGGGUCGCCACAGCCAAUCAGCUUCCACCAUCUGUCUUCUGCAUCAUCUUCUCUAACUCCAGCUACCAUCAUGUCUUCAUUUGUGGGAUCCAUAAACCUCCUCUUUGGUCUUCAUCUAGACCAGAGGUCUGCAACCUUCAGCAAUGAAAGAGUCAUUCAGGUUGAUUUCUCAUCGACUACAACCCAGUAGGAAGCACAAAGUCUUCCUUCACCCUUUAAAAAACAUAAGACACUAAUUUGUAUUUGUAUGAUAAACAUAACUUAAUUGUUGUUCAUUUAAUAAAACCCACACAUUAUAAGAAAAUAGCCUUUCUUAACUUUUGACAGAAGUUCCUUUCAAAAUAAAAAACACCCUGUCUAAUAUAAUAUUCUCAGUGCAGCAAAAGAAGUAAUAGCAAGUGUAAUGUCAGCAGUGAUUAAACGAAAAUAGUUAAUUUUAUUGGUGUUGGUGCAUUUCUAACAGAAUUAUAAAUCUAAAAAACUAAAAUGAAAUCCAAACUAAUUAAGUGACAUCUGCCAUAUUUUUUUAUUUUUCAAACACAUUUAAAAUUCCUAAUUUUUUUAAAAAUAGAAAAUUAAUCUCUAAUUAAUUAUUGACCUAAUUAGAUUUUUUGUAGUUUUUGACACACAAAAAGGUGUGAAAAUGUUGUAUUUCAACUUGUGAUAUGGACUGUUUGUAAAUGAGUUAAAGUUUGAGUUAGUUUCCUUUUUCCCCUUUUACUACUUUCUCACUUCUUACUUUUUAAUCGUUACUUGUUAACAUUCAGAAUCUUUUUUUCAAUUUUUCUUUAAUAAAAGAGCCACAAUGGAGGGGUAAAAGAGUCACAUGAGGCUCUGGAGCUGCAGGUUGCAGACUCCUGUUCUAGACCUCUUUCCGGGCAGCUCUAGACUCAGCAUCCAGGUCUCUCCUCCGGACAUGUCAGAACCAUCUCAGUCUGGCCUUCUCCUUUCCUUCUUCCACCCACAGUGGUCUAAUUUCCACCGGCACCCUGUUGGUGAACAGAACUGAUGGCGGUCGUUGUUAACCCGACCUGGACCGAUCCGUUAUGGACAUCAUAGCUCUAAUUCACAUAUUUAGUUUAAAGAUGUCCUUCCUGACGUAACUCUCUGUAUUCAUGCGGGACCAGCCUUGUGGCUACAUGACAUGACAUUACUACUACGCAGUUUUGAUUCUUUAAAAUCUCAGGACCAAAAGCAUCCAAAUAAAUACUGAGAUAUAUGUCAUAUGGGUUAGUUUAGAAUCCAGAAUUGUUAGCUUUCGGCGUUACUUUGGACAGAAAAGAUGCUUCUGAACUUAUCUUUAAAAAAGGGGGCAAACAGGUGAGGCCCACACACCUUUCAUUGGCUAGAGGGCUGCUCUAGAACUCAUAGUUUGAUAAAACUCUCAUGCAAUUGACAUGAUUGUUUUUUGUUCGUUAGUUAAAACCAACACUUAAAUAAUGGAUUUAUGGUGAUCUGAGGAAUAGAUUUUAUAACUGAUCGAAAAACAUUACAGCCCCAGUGCAAGUACAUUAACAUUUGUGUUUAAGUUGUCUCCCAUUAAAGUGAAUAGAAACAACACUUCCUAAUAAUCACUGAUUGUAUAUGAGAACUGGAUCGAGUGAGUGUGACAUCACCCAUGGAAAAUGGCCUACUACUACUACUGGCUCCAACAGAAUGAAGUCAAUUCAUUCACCCUUUUUCAAUGAUAUGGACUCCACUAUUGGAACAAGCCGUCGUAAGUAAACGGUGGUUGGUCUAAGUCGGUCUGAGUUAACAUUUCUACUCUCACCAAUCAGGAGUGAGCUUGUUAGAAGGCCACACCCCUUCCAUUGAAAGUGGGCUACACAAAAUCAGUCAAUCAAAAGUUUUGAAUGUUAUACGUGGCGUCUGAUUGGUCAAUGUACAACUUGAAUAACUUACACUACAGAAAAUACCAUGAAUUACAAUUAUUAAGAAGACCUUAAAAGAUGUCUCCAAUCAAGAAUUAUUAUUCUGACCAAUAGGCCAGCUCUGUGGCCUUGUGGUAGAGUGUCCGCCCUGAGACUGGAAGGUCGUUAGUUCAAAUCCAACCUGAGUCAUGCCAAAGACUCUAAAAAUGAGACCCAGUGUCUCCCUGCUUGACACUCGGCAUUAAGGAGUUGGAUUGGGGAGUUAAACCACCAAAUGGUUCCCGAGCGCGGCUGUAUCUGCAGCUCACCCCUCCCCCAGGGGAUGGGUCAAAUGCGGAGAACGAAUUUCACACACCUAGAUGUUUGACAACUAACGGGACUUUAACUUUAAUAGCUGUUUGUUUAUCUGAAGAAGUCUAUGUGGUUUAGGCUUCUUGAUACCAGCAUGUACUUCCUGUUUGGAACCAAAGGGGGGUGGAGUCACUCAGUCCAGUCUUCAUAUACAGUAACAAUCCACCAAGUGUUCACCUAGUGAACUGCUGUGGCUCCAGUUAUGUUCAUGAUGAAGCAGAGCAGAAUAAAUACAUUUAGUUUUUAUUCUUAAAAUGUUGAACACUUUCAACAUUGUUUUAAUAAUUUAAAAAACAAAUGAACAUCGAGUUGGCUAAAAAACAAACGAGAGGUCCUAAUUUCCCACCCAGUCCAGAGGGUUUUAUGUUUGACUAAUUGGAAAAAGUGUGGUUUCUUGAAGCCCCGUUUGACCUGAGGUUUGGGACUCAGGGUGUUUCAAAAUAGAGAAAAGGUGCCUUCAGAUUUGAAGAUGGAACUGAUUGUAUUCCUGAAAGACCGCCUGGGAAUAUAAAGACACUUCAGUGUCUAAUUCAGUACAACACUGGAAACGUGUCCAUUCACAGCAGCAGAAGAUAAAAAGCCAUUUACUGCAUUUAAGACAAAAACAAAAAAAACAUGGCUGCAGAGCUGAGCCAUUCUCCACCCGACAAACACGAGGAGCCGGAGACGUGGACCUCAUUUCAUCCAGAAGGACUUUCUGAAAGCUCACUGGACUGGAGAGUAAAGCAUGUUUCCACACCACACAGCACUGAGAGACAAACUCUUGAAAAGAACUCAUUUUUACACAUGAUUUUUGCACUUUGCAGUUAAAAAAACUAUUUACGGUUGCUUUUUGUUUCCCUUGUGGUUUUCCAUGGAAUCUAAAUUGUCAGGGAAGCUUAGUGCUGCUGGUAGAAAGUUUUCUUUUUGAUUUUUAUUUUACCAGUUGAACUAAAUUACCAGGUGACUGCAACUUUUCAACGCUGGUUGCUCUGCAGCCAGAGAGCUGCUUUUUAUUGACGAUUACCAGCAUUUACCUGGUGGAGCACGGGAAAGUCUUCAUUAGCUCUGGAUAGAAAUGUCACUGACAUCUCCUGUGUUCCACUUUGAUGACGUGAAUGCACCAACUGUAGAUACUAACUGUACAGUGUGUUCUGUUUCAAUGGGGCCAACAGCAUAGAUUUGCAGCAAAGAUCCAGAAUGUGUUUUUUCGUUUAUUCUGUUCUCCAAACCCUACAUGUUUGAGAUGCAUCUUGGAUUUUCUGGAGUUCCUCUGGGAUCCUUUGUGGGUCCCUUGACAUUUUCAAUUUGUAGAAUCCCCUAUCAUUUUUUUAACUGAUCUACUAAUAAUAUUGUGUAAAAAUCUACUAAGAUGUUU